GAUUGUUGAGAAGAACUAGAAGAAUGGACAAAUCGACCAAAGAUUUUAUGGAUUUGAAGAAGAUUGGUGGUGACGAUGAAAGGGAGCGACGUUUCAGUGAUGCAUCUGAUACAUCAAUGGAUUGUCACAUGGAAUCUAUCGGAAGUCGUCGCCGUGACAGUUUAAUCGAACAAUUCCGCGAUUUUUUGAACCGAUCAAUGGAUUUUAGUGUCAAGAUUGAUGAUCCAUUUGAAAAAGAAAUGUAUUAAAAUUAUAUCGUUUUCUUGUUGAUUUUUGUAAUUUUAUAUGUUGAAAUUGUAAUUUUUUGUUUCUGUAAAUAAAUGUACUUAUAUUG